AUAAAAUCUGACUCCUCGAAACUGUUUGUGUUGUUUACAUCGAAGACACGUCACACUGUUGCGUGAUGAACAACAAAUAAAAGGAGAGAAGAGGAUUCACCGCGAGGAGACGCAGUAACCCGGUUUCCUUGACAACGCACAGCAGGUGUUCUCUGCUGUCACCAUGUCGUCUGUGGAGUCGAGCGGUGACGGUGGGAAGUGGCUGGACGCUCAUUAUGACCCGGUGGCGGGUCUGUACACCUUCACGUCCUGCGUGGACCUGGCGGACCUGAGCGGCGACGGGGAGAGCCGGCUGGUGGUCGGGGAUCUGGGCUCCAGCUCCUCAGCCAUGAAGCUGAAGGUGUACCGGGGCACGGCGCUGAUGAGCGAGAGCACCCUGCUGGACCUGCCCGCCGGCCUUGUCGCCUUUUUCAUGGACCUGCACGAGCCGCGCAUCCCCGCCGUCGCCGUGGCAUCUGGACCCUGCAUCUACGUCUACAAGAACCUGCGGCCGUACUUCAAGUUCACGUUGCCCGGCCUGGAGGUCAACACACUGGAGCAGGACGUGUGGCAGCAGGUGAGGGAGGGUCAGAUCGACCCUCUGACCCUUAAGGAGAUGUUGGAGAGCAUCAGGAAGAAGGCCGACGUCCCGCUGUCCGUCCGCUCGCUCAGGUUCCUGUCUUUGGAGACCAACGACAUGGACGAGUUCGUCCAGCUGCACAAACAGCAGCCAAUCAGGCGCCAGACCGUCAUCACCUGCAUUGGGACUCUGAAGAAGAGCACAGCUGACGAGGAUGGCGUCAGCUGUCUGGUGAUUGGUACAGAGAGCAACGACGUCUUCAUCCUGGAUCCCGAAGCCUUCAUCAUCCUCUCCAAAAUGUCGCUGCCGGCCGUUCCCACCAUGAUGGACGUGACGGGUCAGUUUGACGUGGAGUUUCGCAUCACAGUGGCGUGUCGCAAUGGCAACAUCUACAUCCUGCGCAGGGAGUCGGACAAACCCAAGUACUGCAUCGAGCUGUCGUCUCACCCGGUGGGUCUGGUGAGAGUUGGGAAGAACGUGGUGGUCGGCUGCACUGACGAGAGUCUGCAGGGCUUCACACAGAAGGGGAAGAAGCUCUGGACAGCUGUCCUCCCCGCUCCCAUCACCGCCAUGGCUGCCAUGGACCUCCCCACCAAGGGCUUUCAGGCAGUUCUGGUGGGUCUCUCCAACUGUGAGGUCCAGCUGUACCGAGACAAGAAUCUGCUGAGCACCAUCAAGACAUCAGAUAUUGUCACCAGCAUCUGCUUUGGCCGGUACGGGCGUGAGGACGGGACCCUGAUCAUGACCACCAAGGGAGGGGGCCUGAUGGUGAAGAUCCUCAAGAGGACGGCGACGUUUGACGACAGGGACAGCGCCCCGGGGCCGCCACUGGCCCAGAGUGUCCGCCUCAACGUGCCCAAGAAGACCAAGCUGUACGUGGACCAGACGCUGAGGGAGCGCGAGAAUGGCCUGGCCAUGCACCGGGCCUUCCAGAUGGACCUGAGCCGCCUGCGCCUGGCCGCUGCCAAAGCUUAUGUCAAGGCGUUGGAGUCCAGCCUGACGCCGAUGUCCUCCAGCCUCACCGAGCCACUCAAGAUGAACGCGGUGGUGCAGGGCCUGGGCCCGUCCUUCAAACUGACCCUAAACAUCCAGAACACGGCGGCGUGUAGGCCCGUCAUGAACCUGGCCAUCAGCUUCCUGUACGACGAGAGCCUGUACAGGAUGAGGAACCCGUACAUGAGGAUCCCUCUGCUGGUGCCCGGACUCAUCUAUCCUGUCGAGACCUUUGUGGAGUGCACCAGCGACAAGGGCAUCUCUGACAUCAUCAAGGUGUUCAUCCUGCACGAGGGGAAGAGCUCACCGCUGCUGACCGCCCACAUCAACAUGCCCGUCAGUGAGGGACUGACGCUCAACUGACAACACACGACACUUCAGCUCCCUUCAUGACAGACUCCAAACAUUACCAGACUGAACUGACAACACACAACGCUUCAACUUUAUUUAUUAUAGACUCCAAACAUGAACGUUAGAUAGAAGGCUACAUGAAACUUUUUUUAAAAAGAAUUCCAAAGCUGAAUUUAUGAAAUAAAAUCUGUAAAUGUAUCUGUAGAUAGAUAGAUUUGUUAAUGUUUGUUGUUCAUGUUUAAAACGGUAGUGACAUUAGAUGUGUGUGUGUCAUCGACAUGUUUUAACUCUCAGGGCUAAAAAUCACUGCAGACAAAAGACAUUUGGUUUUGUUAUAAAGGUCUGUAUAGAACAGGCAAAAUAUGUUCUCCAUAUUCUGUUUUAUAAAUGUAGGCUUGUAUAAAGUUAAAUAAAACAAUAAAUAUUAAAGUUUGUACAGAGUUCAUCGUCAUGAAAAAGAAGGUAACAACUUUUCAAAAAAGGUUUCAAAACAAUAAAUUUAGUAUUUCUGGGAAAUUUAAGCUCAAUUUAAACUCAAAUAAAUAUUUAUUAAAAAUGUUUUAUUGGAAACUUUAUUCUUCUCUGGGUUACGACAGCAAUUAAUUUGAAUGAAUUAAAAGUGUCAAAAACUGUAAGUCAGUCUGUAAUAAACAUCAGGGUCUCAUUUAUAAAACAGUGUGUAGGAUCCAUGCUAAAAAUGCGUGUAUGGACAAAAGCAGAAAAUGUUCUGCGCCAAAUGACGGAGAGUCACAGUGGGCUGUUGGCCAGUGGCAGCACUGAUCUAACCUGUGUAACGGCAGCAACAGAACGUUCACUGAUCCAGUGGGGAGACAGAGUAGUCCGGGAUCAGACCUUCCUGGUGCUGGGGUUUGUGUUGGCUGAAUCUAAGUUGUUACAGGGCACUAACUGAAGGAAAGUCCCCCACAGCUGUCAGAUAUCACCACAAAUAUAAUCUAAUUCUGUGGGAAACACCGUUCAACAAGUUAUUUCUAGUAUGAAUGUCCUGACUGGUGAUAACAGUGCUGGGCCACCCCACAAAUGAAUUCACCUCAUGACAUCAGCUACAGCAGCUGUAUGGGUAAAGUAGACUCAUCUAAAGAGGGAUUUAUACCCGUACGCCAGCUCUGUGAGGAGCCUACGCCGUUGUGAGCAUUUAUACUUGUGCAGUGGUGUGUCUGUGUCACUGCAGUUACACCUCUAAAACACUAGCGGGCGGUGAGGUUUCUGUGAAGUGCUGUAAAGUGUAGUUGAUUGAAAACACACAUUAAAUACACAUUUUGCAAUGCAAAAAAGAUGGCCGCAUGUGCACCUUUGUCUGUGUAGUGUCCGCGCAAAUUUAUAAAUAACUCCAGAAAUACUGAUCAAGUAGGACUGAAAGUGUGUAAACUAGUUUGUAAAAGCCUGUAUGUUUGUUGUGAGGAGUGAACUAUUUCCAUCUGAGUAAGAUCAUGGCAGAUAACACAAGACAGCGCAGUCAAAAGUCGAAGGAUGCCGAGUUUGAUUGCAGCGGCACUCUGGUACUAAUGAAUGAACUGAAGACGCUUAAUGCAAAAAUAGAUCACACGCGAGACGCAAUGGAAAAACGUGGACAGUAAAAUUGACAGUCUGCGUGGUUUGUUGGAGAAGCUAAUCACAGAGAAUUAAAAUGCACUGAAAAGAGAGCUGGAAAAGACAGCUAAAGAAAUGUGUCUGAAUUUGGAGCAGGAGGUGUGCAUCCAGAGCUCCAGAAUGGAGGCUGUUGAGCUGAAAAUAGCCGAAAAAGCCACUCAGAGGAAACAAUUUGACCUGGAUGUCUCGUUGAUAAUAGCGGGGUUGCCUCAGGUGGAUCAGGUGGGCCGGUGUGAGGGGAGCAGGCCCAGCCUUUAAGUACUCAGCAGUUUCGAUUAGUCCAUCGGAAUGUUAAUGGAUGGACAUCGACAAACUGUGAACUUAGAAAAGUACUGCUUUGUUCUCUUUUGAUUUCAUUUCUCUAAAUGAGACUCAUUCAGCCAGUGACUCACUUUAACUUUCGUGUGUUUGACCAACUCUCUGUUAAUACUGUAGAUAAAACAUAUGAUGGAAUUCUUUGUUUACGUUUUGAGCACCGGGGUUCACAAUAUUCCUUCAUUAGCCUGUCUAACCAGAAAAUGAUGGAUGUAAUGUGUCAGCCUUCCUGUAAAACAAAUGGAAAAUAAUUUCAGUUGAGUUUUGGGUUUUUUGAGUUGUUUUGUUUCGAAGGGGAAGGAAUCAAGGGGAGAG